AUGCAAUGUCUAUGUUUUCCCCUUGAGCUCUUUAUUAAAAUCUGUGUUCAGAUGCUUAUUACAGUGGCCCCUCCCAAGGGAUGGGUGUAUAUUUCCAUAUAUCUGAAGGAGCUCCAGUCAGGCGCUAUAGCAUGCACUGAGGUGUCCAUUUCAUUCUGCCUAACCUCCUUGUUUGUAUUUCCAGGGAGGCAGUCAGAGACCAGGAGAACAUCUGCUGAGUUCAGGAGGGCAGAGCUGCCUUGUCCAGGUUCUCAGACCUGUCCCUUCAGCUGGAAACUCAACUCACAGAUGGGUGCCAGGAAGCUGGUGCUACCGUUGCUGUCUGUGGCUUCCCUGCUGCACAUAGCUGCCACACUGAGGAUCAGUGCUUUCAACAUCCAGGCAUUUGGAGACAGCAAGCUAUCCAAUGAGACCGCUGCAGAUAUUAUCAUCAAUAUCCUGUCUAGGUACGAUAUUGCCCUGGUGCAGGAGGUGCGGGACUCUGAUCUGAGUGCUGUGACAAAGCUCAUGGACCAGCUCAACAGCAUGACAAUGGAUGCCUAUUCCUAUGAGAGGAGCAAGCCCCUGGGCCGGGAAAGCUACAAGGAGAUGUACCUCUUCAUCUACAGGAAAGAGGUGGUGUCUGUGGUGGACAGGUACCAGUAUGAGGACCCAGAAGACAUCUUCAGUCGGGAGCCUUUCAUCAUGAAGUUCUCCUCACCCUAUUUGAAGGUGAAGGAGUUUGUGCUGGUACCCCUGCACACAUGCCCCCACACGGCCGUCACAGAGAUUGAUGCCCUCUACGAUGUUUACUUAGACGUCAUUGACAAGUGGGAGACUGAUGAUAUUAUGUUCCUGGGGGACUUCAAUGCGGAUUGCUCCUAUGUCAAAGAAGGGGACUGGGAGCAUAUCCGCUUGCGCACCAGUGAGGUGUUUAAGUGGCUUAUUCCUGAUGAUGCAGAUACGACUGUGGGGAAGUCAGACUGUGCCUAUGACAGGAUCGUGGUAUGUGGCUCUAAACUGAGGAAAAGCAUAGUGCCCAAGUCUGCAACUGUUUACAAUUUCCAAAGAGCUUUCAAGCUGGAGCAGGCAGAGGCCCUGGCUGUCAGUGACCAUUUUCCUGUCGAACUGACACUGAAGACUCACUAAAGCAUCCUACUUCAUGCACCAGUGCUGCUCAGAUCUUCACCCCCUCUCCUACUGCAUCAAAUGCACUCACCAGCAGCAGCAUGCACAGUCCCAGCAAACCAGCUGCUGCCUCCUUCUCAACUGGCUGGCAUUUAAGUCACUGCUACACUGCUGGAAGGUGCCAAUCAGCCACUCAAGCACCUGACAUCUACUUAACAACAGAAGAGACCAGCAUAAGCAGCAGCACUUCACCCACAGAACUAUACAUACACAUUGUUCUCUGUGUUCCAAAGGGAUCCAGGCUCCAAGGCCCAAGCAGCCCUUGAACCCUCUAGCUGGAAAGGCUUGCCCAGUAGCUGUUGACCCUCCACCAGUCAGAGCAGAGGGGCUCAUGGCUGGAGCUGAACUGCCAAUCUAGAGACUAAAUGAUUUCCCAAAAGCAGCCACCUUCAAGCAGCAGUCAGUCAACAGGCCAUUCUUAUCCAGUCACAGCAAUGGCUACACAUCACUUUAGGAUUUCAGCUGCAGGCUCUGAACCUGCUACACACAAGCCUGCUCCAGUUAUUCAGUAACUCACUGCUAUGAAGUACAGAUGGACGCACAAGCCACAGAUAAAACAAAGCUGCUUCCUCAUGCUCUCUGUCCUCACAAAACCUUUUAUUGACUCUUCACAUAAAAAGUAAUAAUGAAGAUGAAGAAAAAGAUAAAAGAAACCACCCCUUUUUAAGAAGGCAUCCAAGUACCAAGUACUUGGAAAUCCAAGUACUAGGUGGCCUCGGACAUCCAACCUCAGCCUCCAACUCCCCAGCUGCUUUUGCUUGCACUCCAAGUAAUUUUAUUACUCAGAUCACCAGAACAAUUAAUGUUUUCUUCAGAAAGUUGGGAGAAAAAAGGCAUCAUUGGCAUCAGGCACCAUACAACAGGGCAUUAGUGUGACUGAAUUAGAAA